AUGUAUGUUAGAGCUGCAGCACUUGCUCGUAAAAUUUAUGUUAGAGGUCACUGGGGAGUUGGAAAUCUCACUCAUAUGUUUGGUUCAGUUAACGAUAAUGGCAAACAUGAAUCAGGAUCUGGAAAGGUCAUUAGAUACUUGCUUCAAUAAUUGGAAGCUAUUAAAGUUUUAAAGAAGGAUAGCAAGUCACUCUUAAAAAAGGGAUCAAGAAUUGUUACCAAAGAAGGAUAAUAAGACUUAAAUAGAAUUGCAACCCAAGUUGCCUUAGCAGCCAGAAAAUGAUUGAUAUAACAAUACAAUACAUAAGUACAUUAUAUAAUAAAUAAAGUUAAUCA